AGUUUGUUUUUACAUUCUACUCUAUCAGUGCUAGUAGAAGAAGAGACAAAGACGGGUUUGACAUGGGCUCAUCGCACUCGACACCACCGCCUCUGGUUCAGGUCAGCGCUCCAAGAGGCAAGGUGCUUGUUCCUCCGGGUAUGUAGAUAUCCUCUCGCCCAUUCCUCUUUUUUUUUCUGUUUCUUCCGCGCGUCCCUCUCACUGCACUUACGCACCCUACUCCUCAUGUCCACUUCGCCCCACUUUCCUCCAUUGAUAUUCUGUAACUAAACUUUGUAUUCCCCGAUUGGCAGGGACAGCAUUUACAGUUCAUCCACCCCUAUCUUACUCUCGAUCACAGCUGGGUUCCUAUACACGUAGUGCUGCUGGCCCCGCAUAUGCGCAGUACGCUAGAAGACGAGCACGGAGUAGUAGAAGGUGCCAUAACACGCUGGGAUAUGGAUAUGGCAUGGGAGGAACCGACAUUGAUAUAAGAGAGGAGACGAGUGAAGAUGGUCAGAACACACCGGGUGAUGUGACGGUAGAUGCCGCGGCCAGAAGAGGCAAGGAAGGAUCAAAAGGAUGUCUUACCAAAGGCAUGGGCAUCAUGGGACCAAGGGGUGUGUCUGGACGGCUUGAUACCCUAGACUCGAGACCCAGGUCGGCACCCGAGAUGCCUGGUGGAGAGGGAUACGCAGGUAUGCCGAUAGGGGUGCCAGCGAGUAGUAUCGGAAGCAGCCAGCAGCCAUCUGGCCUCCCUCCAGAGUACAUGUCCAAUCCUGAUUUGGUUGGGUACGGCGAAGACGGGGUGAUGCCCAGUACAGGCUUAGUCAGUCCUCAUCCAACUUACCCCCCUGGCCCACUACCUAGUAGCAGUCCGCCAUCGAGUAACGGUAGACUUCCGCCGCAGCCGGUCCCACGAGGGCGGCCGAACCACUACGAGCAUGUGCCAAUGGGCGCGUAUACAGAUACGGAAAAGGCAAGAAAACCGCCGAGCUCACAUGUCGAUCCGCAGCAAACCUCGACACGUCUGAACCGUGGACAGUCUCCAGACAAGAAGGUCGGACCGCCAGGCCAAGAGUGGCUGAACGGCGAUGCCUUUCUCGACGCCUGUACCUGUACCAUAGAUUGCAAGUGUCGAAAAGGCCAGCGAGUCUUGUACCGUGCACGCGAGGGCCGUCAAAAGAAGGGCAGUGACUUUGACAUUGAAGACGGCGAGUACGUAAGUGGGGAGAUACGGUACAUACUAAAAGACGACCUAGGGCGGAACUGCGAUGACCACACUGGAUGCCGGAAGAGCGAAAGCGGCAGUGAGAGGCAAGACAGGACGAGUAGGAAGGGGGAGAACAAGAACAGGAAAAUGAACAACAAUGGGGGCAGGGAGGAGAGGAAGAGACUGCAGCAGCAGUUUCAAGGUUUCAAGGACGACCUACUAGAAGCGCUAGACGAGCGUUUGGAUGAUAUGAGGAAAGAAGGUCGUCAGAGACAACGAGGGCACAGCCCCGCACGGCCGCCUUGGCUCGGGGCAUCCGGAUCUGGACAAGGCCUAUACUACAUGGCAAACGGGCCUCAGGUUGACGCACGCACGGCUAGACAAAUGGGCAUACCGAACUAUAAUCUGUACGGCGUGGCUCCAUCAGGAAUCGGACCAAUGCCACAUGGUAUGGCUAGUGGCUUGGCCGCUGCAGGUAUGCGCAGAAGACAUGGGGAUGACAUUUCCGACAUGGGAUUUGAUAGUACUGCCAUCGGUAUGAUGAAUAAUGGGUACAUGCAGCCCCACAUGACCAUGCUGAAGAAGAAGAAGACGAGCACGAGCAGGACGAGGAAAGCCAUGCGGCCCAACUCCACAUCACACCAUGGGGCUAAAGCGGGAGAGCGACAAGACAAGGGUGCUGUGGAAGGCAAUCGAAGGACGGCCGUUGAUUUGCAAGGGCCGGGUGGCCGCGGAGGGAUGCUGGGACGUCACAGUAAUGAUAAUAGUAGUAGCAGUAGUAGUAGCGGCAGUAGUUGUGAUGGUCAGCAAAGAGGGGCGCACAGAGACGAUGAAUGUGAUGAUUUUGACGUAGCAGGGCAGGAUGAAUCUUGGAUGCGGCCAAACUCACAACAGCGGGGCGGGCUCGAAUGGAGUGUAAAAGGACGUGGCGGUGGUAGAUUGGAUGGCAGCGUGGUAUACGGAAGGACCGACAUCAGCAACAGCAGCAGCAGCAGUCGAAAAGGAGCAAGACAGGCUCGAGCCGAUACGGAUGACGACGGCGAGGACGACAACUACGACGACGGAUAUUGA